UUUCAACUUGGAUCUCUGAAACUACAGAAAGUUUCAAAUCCGGCAGAGGUGGUUAAGGAGCUGAUUGAUUACUGCCUGGACUGCCUGGGAAGACUGCAGGCAAAAAACAAGCAACUGCAAAAAGAAAAUGAAAGGCUUUUCAGCGGCUGGAGCAACGUGGAGAAGCGGCUGGAAAAAUGUGUGGAAGCUAAAGAAGAACUAGAGUUGGAUCUUUAUAACCGGUUUAUUUUGGUGCUGAAUGAAAAGAAGGCAAAAAUAAGAAACUUACAGAAGUUGUUGAACGACGCUAAAGAAUCUGCAGCAGAUGCCAAAAGUGCAAGGGUUAGUAUAGCUAUCCCUCAGAUGGCUACAGGAAGAGAAGAUGACUAUGACGGCAGCACUGAUGAGAAGGGUGAAAAUUUAACAGAGGCCUCAUUACUAUCAG